UGGCUUCAUCCCUCUCCUCUCCUGCUAAGUGACUGCUAGCUCACCUCCAAGCUCUCCCUCACCAUGAACAGACAAGUCUGCAAGAAAUCCUUCAGUGGUGGGAGCCAGGGCUUCUCUGGCUGCACUGCCGUGGUCUCCGGCAGCAGCAGGAUGAGCUGUGUGGCCCGCUCCGGGGGAGCCGGUGGAGGGGCCUGUGGGCUCCGCAGUGGAGCAGGUGGCUUUGGCAGUCGCAGCCUCUACAACCUGGGAGGCAACAAGAGCAUCUCCAUCAGUGUGGCAGGUGGUGGCUCCCGGGCUGGUGGCUUUGGUGGAGGGCGGAGCAGCUGUGGCUUUGGAGGUGGUUUUGGAAGUGGCUUUGGGGGAAGUUGUGGACGUGGCUUUGGUGGUGGCCUUGGUGGUGGCAGAGGAAUGGGAGGUGGUUUUGGAGGAAUUGGUGGCUUUGGAGGAGCUGGCUACUUCGGUGAACCUGGUGGCUUUGGUGGCCCUGGUGGCUUCCCUGGGGGAAUCCAGGAAGUGACUGUCAACCAGAGCCUCCUGCAGCCCCUCAAUGUGGAGAUUGACCCCCAGAUUGGGCAAGUAAAGGCCCAGGAGCGGGAGCAGAUCAAGACCCUCAACAACAAGUUUGCCUCCUUCAUUGACAAGGUGCGGUUCCUGGAGCAGCAGAAUAAGGUCCUGGAGACAAAGUGGGAGUUGCUGCAGCAACAGACCACGGGCUCUGGCUCCGGCCCCAGCAACCUGGAGCCUUUCUUUGAAUCCUACAUCAGCAUACUGCACAAGAAGUUGGAUUCGCUUCUGGGAGAGAGGGGGAACCUGGAGGGAGAGCUGAGGAACAUGCAGGGCCUGGUGGAAGACUUCAAAAAGAAGUAUGAAGAUGAGAUCAACAAACGCACUUCCGCAGAGAACGAGUUCGUGGGGCUCAAGAAGGAUGUGGAUGCGGCUUACAUGAACAAGGUGGAGCUGCAGGCCAAAGUGGACUCUCUGACAGAUGAAGUCAACUUCCUGAGGACCCUCUAUGAUAUGGAGCUGUCCCAGAUGCAGAGCCACGUCAGCGACACAUCUGUGGUGCUGUCCAUGGACAACAACCGCUGCCUGGACCUGGACAGCAUCAUCACCGAGGUCCGUGCUCAGUAUGAGGACAUUGCCCAGAGGAGCAAGGCUGAGGCUGAGGCACUGUACCAGACCAAGCUCGGGGAGCUGCAGACCACAGCCGGCAGACACGGGGAUGACCUGAGGAGCACCAAGAGCGAGAUCAUGGAGCUCAACAGGAUGAUGCAGAGGCUGCGGGCAGAGAUCGAGAGCGUCAAGAAGCAGAACUCCAACCUGCAGACGGCCCUUGCGGAAGCUGAGCAGCAUGGGGAGAUGGCCCUCAAGGACGCUAAUGCCAAGCUCCAAGAGCUGCAGGCUGCCCUACAGAAGGCCAAGGAUGACCUGGCCCGGCUGCUGCGUGACUACCAGGAGUUGAUGAAUGUCAAACUUGCCCUGGAUGUGGAGAUUGCCACCUACCGCAAGCUGCUGGAGGGUGAGGAGUGCAGGAUGUCGGGAGAGUGUCAGAGUGCUGUGAGCAUUUCCGUGGUCAGCAAUGUCUCCAGCACAAGCAGCAGCACUGGUGGUAGCCGCGGAGGCUUUGGAGGGGUCAGUGUCGGCAGCAGCAGUGGCUACAGAGGCAGCAGCGGUGGCUAUGGAGGAGUCAGUGGCAGCAGCAGCAGCAGCAGCUACAGAGGGGUCAGCAGCGGUGGCAGCAGCACCUAUGGAGGGGCCAGCGGUGGCAGUAGUGGGGGCAGGCGCAGCAGCGGGGCUUACCAGAGCAGCAGCAGGCUUGGUGGUGUGGGCAGCAGCUCUGUGAGCCAGAGCGGAGUGGGCCCCUCCUCUGGCAGCAUCCAGACCUCUGGAGGCAGCAGCUACAAGUCCGGCAGUGGAGGCAGCACCAGUGUCUGCUUCUCCCAGACCACCAGCUCCGGCCAGCACUGUAGCAAGUGAUGGAUCCUCUGGGCCACAUUUCCACACUCGCCUGCUUCCCUCUCAGCCCGCAGCAGCACAUCCCACUCUCUGCCUGGCCUCAGUAGACACGCACGGGGCAGCCACGCUUUCCCUCAAGUUCCCUGGAGAAGGGGCUAACCUCCUGGCACCUCCAUCCUCCCUGGGCCUUGGGGGUCCAGCUUCUAGUCUGGGAUGAUGAUGCUCCUGGAAGUGUCCCUGUGUCCCUUACUUUGGACAGUAACACCUGAACCCAAGCCAGUUUGGGCUUUCCCAGCCUAGCUUGUUCCCACUCUGGCGUCUUUCUUUCUCCCUGGGAGCCUGUGGUCUGAAGCCGGCACAUCUCGGGACCACUGGAGGAGGGCAGUGCUGUGGGUACAGUGCUGAGGGGGAACGGGUAGCAUCUCCACACUGGUUCCCAGGGAGCCUUCCCCACAUCUGGGCAUCACAUUCCGACUCACUUCUGUCCCUUAAUUCCUUGAGCUGUGGAUCUUCUGGUGAUGAGUGUGCCAUACUUUCUUUUCUCAAUAAAUUGCACUGUAUUUCA